ACAAUCCAACGGCGCAUAAACUCUCUGUCACUGCCACAGUUAAUGUCUCAUUACUACGUUUUUUCUUGGUCUGAGAUCACAACGUUUACUCUGCCUCUCUCUGUGAUGGGUUUGCUGACGUUUUGUUUUUUGUUGUCUACGGAAAGCCUGAUAUAAAGGAUGCAAAGAUAGGAGCUUUAAUCUCAAAGCCGAAUAAUCAGUCCAUCUCAUAUUCUAGCUGAAUCUGCUUACAUAUGAAAUAAAAACAAAUUCUUCAAAGCAUGUAGUUUCAAAUUUUCCACAUGUUACAAGCUGCAUGCAAGCCAAUGAGGAUAUCAGAUGAAUUUUUCAUCUGUUAAGAAAGAGAAGGGGAUUUGUAGAUAGAGUGCACAAAUACAGAAAGCUCAUUUUUACCAAUCUAUGCAUUCUCGCCCUCUAAGUUGGUUGGCGGACUUAGAUGGAUGUUCCCUCUCCAGAACCACAUAGCGACUCUCGAAGUGACCAAUAUCCUUUGCUACUAGAGCAGAUGGAAAGCCCCAACAGUCAUGUGCACGUAAUUGACGUAACGAGGAAUGAUGAUACCUCAUCAAGUUCAUCUAAUGAUGAUCAACCUCCUAGAGUGGACUUACCUCAGCAUGAAGAUAGACUGUCACGUAUUACACAUGCCCCCACUUAUCAGGCUGCUUCAACUUCGUCAAACAGAUUAAGUGCUAGGAGUUCAUCAUUUAUGAGGCGGGGUGAUGGGUAUAGUCGCCACAGAAGAAGCCCAUUGAAUUCAGGGCUGUGGCUUUCUGUUGAACUUCUUGUCACUAUGAGUCAGAUAAUAGCAUCUAUUGUUGUUUUGUCAUUGUCGACAAAUGAAAAUCCGCAAGCCCCUUUGUUUGCAUGGAUUGUGGGUUAUGCAUCUGGCUGUGUUGCAACACUACCUAUUCUUUACUGGAGAUUCCGUAACCGCAACAGGGGUGCUGAGCUAGAAUCCACUCAAUCUCAUCAAGGGUCUUCUGAACGCAAUCCUCCUGAACCAACUUCUUAUACAGCUAUUUCAAUUACUCCAGCUUCAGACGAAGAAAGAAAUCACACUACAGAAACAGUCAUGAGAAACCCUCAAGUUGCAGAACCCUCAAGUGCAAGACUUAAUGGGUUGGUGGAUCAUUUCAAGAUGGCAUUAGAUUGCUUCUUCGCAGUCUGGUUUGUUGUGGGAAAUGUGUGGAUUUUUGGAGGUCACUCUUCUCCCUCUGAUGCUCCUAAAUUGUAUAGGUUAUGCAUAGUGUUCCUUACCUUUAGCUGUAUCGGAUAUGCCAUGCCAUUCAUACUGUGUGCAACAAUUUGUUGCUGCCUGCCGUGCAUCAUCUCUGUCCUGGGAUUCCGAGAGGACCAUGCUCAGACUAGAGGAGCCACCACAGAGUCAAUUAAUGCUCUGCCAACCUACAAAUUCAAGCUGAAGAGAAAUGGUAUGAAUGAUGAUCAGGAGAGCAACACCUCUGGUGAAGGAGGACUCUUGGCUGCAGGGACAGAGAAGGAGCGUGCAAUAUCAGAAGAAGAUGCGGUUUGUAGUAUUUGCCUGGCAAAUUAUUCAGAUAAUGAUGAGGUAAGAGAAUUAACAUGUUCACAUGUCUUUCAUGUGGAGUGUGUUGACAAAUGGUUGAAAAUCAAUGCCUCAUGCCCCCUCUGUAAGUCGGAGGUUGGAGAGAGCAGCGGUACCACGCCAGCCAGAGACUCCAGCCAGCAAUAGGGUGAGGAGCUGGGCACAGCUGAUUGCUAAGUAUAUGAAAGGACAGAAAAUGACAGAAUUCUAUAUUGUUGAGACUGCUGAGACUAUCUCAGGUUCAGUAAUAGGGUGAAGUGCUUCGGUUUAUCUGUAAAUAUCGUCUACAGUUUAAAUAUAAAGGUGAGUUCCCUCUCCCCUGUUGGACA